GAUCAAUAAUUAAGCAUCAUUGUGAUAUAAAGUAUUUUAAAAUUGUACCUUAUGAUAUAAAAAAAUGUCCAUAUGUAAUUUUUAUUAGCAAAGAAAUCUAUAAAUAUCUGUCACCACUACCUAGUAAAGUUCUAUUUGAAAUUAUGAAUAAAUUAAAAUUUAUGAUAGAAGAAGCAUCUGAAGAAAUAGUAAAUAUUUCUUCACAAAAACUUAUUUCAA